AUGGACGUGAACUUGAGCGUGGAGGUCCCGAACCACGAAGAGAAGAGCGACGUUCGAGAGUCGGCCAUGGGCGGCAAGCUCCAGCGCAAUCUCUCGUUGUCGGCCAAGUGGGCCAGCGACAAAGCGAUGGCCAUCGAGUACCUUCGCCGACAGCGCGAGGUGAUGACGUGGAUUGAAAGUGUGUUGAAGCGCGAGCUGCCGACCACGGAUCUGUUCGAGGCGCUCAGGUCUGGUGUGGUGCUGCGCGAAAUGAUGGAAACGCUGUUCCCCGACGUCUCCAACUGUAAGUCGCCGAUUAGCCGCAACUACACGAAGCGCAUGGCUCCGUGGAAGGAACGCGAAAACAUUUCCGUCUUCUUGAAGCAGUGCAAGUCGAUCGGGAUGUACGACUUGUCGCUCUUUUGCACGGACGACCUGUAUGAGGGCACGAACAUGGUGCAGGUGCUGUUCUGCGUGCAGCACUUCAUGAUGUUCUCUGAAGAACACGCUGGUCAUCUAUUCCAGCCUGUCGCUAAGAACGAACCCGCCGAGUUCUCCAACCAAGAGCUUGAGAUGGCAAUGGCGAAGAUCGAGCAGGCCGGGGUGGAUGCUACCGCAUUGAAAGGCUUGAUCUCGGGCGGUGCAGCAGCAGUGCCUGAGAGGGCUGCAAUCCCCGAAAAAGAGAGCACCGUGCGAACUGCCUCCGAGCCAACAGUCGUGACAUUGAGGUAUGCAAUCAGGCGUCGGAAGACAAGCAGGAUGUCGAUGAUCCUGCUGACGACGACGAUUUAA